UUGAAGAAUACGGAUUUUGCGCAGCUGGGUGACAAACGGGGCUCUUUCCGUACGGGGGCUGAAAGGGGACAAUUCUCAUCACAAAUAUAUUCUGUUUGCUCCGCUUUGCCGUUUUUUUCUUUAGUUUUGGACUUGAACAAGAAACGGCGAAUUUAGCUAGCGUUACCUGAAGCUUAUUCAGUGUGGGGGGUGAAACGACGACGACUAAUGCUUAACGCGCCUUUUUGUUUCCAGUCAUAAGAACUGAGGAAUUCAACCAGACGUCGGAACAGCUGAGGGAGGUGUACUUUAAAAAGAAAAUCCAACUGGACUUCAGAAAGUAGACCACUUCUACUACGGUGUCAAGAACCGUCGUUGUAAUAGGGUGCUGACGUGGCAUUGCACCGCUACCGUGAAAGUUUGCAGACAUGGAUGGAGUGAAGAUCCCCCCACACGACGGGCCGAUUCUGUCGGUGGUCGACAUGCACACUGGCGGGGAGCCCUUACGGGUGAUUGUGAGCGGUUAUCCGGAGGUCAAGGGAGAAAGUGUCUUGGCGAAGAGGCGCUACGUGAGAGAGAACCUGGACCAUUUGAGACGGGUGUUGAUGUUUGAGCCCAGGGGCCACUACGACAUGUAUGGCGCACUGGUCGUGCAAAGUGAGCUGAGCGACGCUCACCUGGGCGUGCUCUUCAUGCACAAUGAGGGAUACAGCACCAUGUGCGGCCAUGCCGUUAUUGCGCUGGGCAGGUUUGCGGUGGACUAUGGCCUCAUAGAAGCGCCACAGUCGCCAGAGACUCAGGUGAACAUUCACUGCCCCUGCGGCCUGGUGAAAGCUUUUGUGGAGUAUUGCAAUGGGCGAGCAGGGAAAGUCAGAUUCCACAGCGUGCCGGCAUUUGCUUUUGCAAUAGAUGUUGCUGUUUCUGUGCCUGGAUAUGGGGAAGUCCUUGUGGAUAUAGGAUAUGGGGGAGCAUUUUAUGCAAUUGUCAGUGCGGAGACGUUUGGGGUGGAUGUCAAGACCUCCAGAACCAGGGAUCUCGUGGACAUAGCGACUGCAGUAUCGAAUGCUGUUAAAUCUCAGGUCGAACUUCAUCAUCCUACAAGUCCUGACUUGGCUUUUCUCUAUGGUACAAUCCUCACUGAUGGCAAGGACACCUUUUCACAAGAACCUACGGCUAAUGUGUGUGUGUUUGCGGAUGCGCAGGUGGACCGGAGCCCUACAGGUUCAGGAGUGACAGCUCGUAUUGCCCUGCAGUAUUACAAAGGACUUAUUCAGCUGAACGAGACCAGGACAUUCCAAAGUGGUGCCACUGGUUCCCUGUUCACUGGCAGAGCAGUGGAGGAAACGAAAUGUGGCGACUUCAAGGCCGUUGUGGUGGAAGUUGCAGGACAUGCACAUUACACUGGGAUUGCAAGCUUUGUACUUGAAAAUGACGACAGUUUGAAAGAUGGCUUUCUUUUGAAAUAACAUUAUAUUAUGCACAGUACCUUAUACUGUAUGUAAAAUUUUCCCUUAAAAGUGUAGUACACCAAAAAAUGGCUAAUGCAAUAAUGUUUGAAAACAUGAGCGAACAAUCCCCCUUGACUUAUAUUUGGCAUUGUACUUGAGGUGUGGAGACCACUGCAUUAUAAGUGUCUGACAGAAUCAAAGUGCACAGAGGGCCUGUUAAUCUUGUUUCUGCAUGCUGUUCAGGUCAGGCUUCGAGUGUGUUUCUAAAAGAAAUGAAAAAUGUGCUGCAUUUCUGUAAUUCUGAAGUCUUGGAAUGUAUUCAUUUGCAAUUAUUUGUAGGAACUUAAACGAUAUCAAUUUCUUGCACUUGUUUAGAACUUUGCAUCCCAAAGUGUGCUUAAUAAACAGGAGGGAACCCA